AUGGAAAAUCUCGAACUGGAGGAGGGCAACGAACCAGAAAGUAAGGAUUGUUUGGCCAAUUUCAACUUGUAUAUCACUUCAUUUGAACCGCGUUCUUCCAUAGUAACUCAGAAGACUGAAGUCUCGGCAGCAGUGGUGGAUGCUCCGCUGGAACUAUGGUGUCGGCUUCGUCCGAGAAGCAGCCAAGGAAGCCGCGGAGAAAGCUCAAAAAGAUCUCUGGACAUCGAGAAUUCUGACACACCGCCGCUUCCGCCGAUGUUGGAGAAUUCGAUUCCCCGCAAGAAUAGGACAUCAAACCGUGGCGGUGGCGCAGCUAGUCCAGUUUCUGUCGGUGAGGUUCAGGAUUCAUCAUCUAGGGCGCUUGCUCUGUUUUUUGACUCGAAGUAGACUGGACUAAUACAGAAGCUCAAGCAGUGGUAACUUUUUCUUUUUUAUUUCAAUCACUUUCAGGAUAGAUUAUCCUACCAGUUUGACCUAACAAUCAUAAUCAUUGGUUUUACAACAGUACUGCUACAAUUAGAGAUGGGUUCUAAAUCUUUGAGUGGAUGAUGUCUAGUGUUAAUUAGAUUGAAUUUACUAUUGCCUCGUGACAAUCGAGGCAAUAGAUUAUCAAGAUUUCAAUUCUUUUCAAGCAUAUAGAAACAAAUUCAGUGCUUUUGUCGAGAUAAAAUGACCAAAGAGGGAACCUGUUGGGGAGCAUUGUAGCCGGGAGAAAGCCGGAAAACAUCAGCUUCAAGAGGCAUAUCAAGGGCUUUAACAUCAGCUCGAAC